CUGCGUUUCUUCAAACGUAGCAAAUCUGCCCCAUUUCUUAUGCCCAUACAUCCGUCAACCCUGUUGAAGACUCAUCAUGACACCGGACUACACUCUUGCUGAAGGGUGUCCUUACCCCCAAAGCACGACCAGUGUUCAGUUGAGAGACGGCACGGGCGGAGGUUUGGUCCUGCUCCAGGAUACGCAGCUCAUUGAGACAUUGGCUCACUUUUCUCGCGAGAGAAUCCCUGAGCGUGUUGUCCAUGCCAAGGCAGCUGGGGCAUAUGGCGAAUUUGAAGUCACCCAUGACUGCUCAGACAUCACAUCGGCCAGUUUCCUCAACACAGUUGGGAAGAAGACAGAUGUUCUUCUCCGGAUAUCCACAGUGGGACCCGAGCGAGGUUCUGCUGACACGUCUCGCGAUGUCCACGGCUGGGCCAUGAAGCUGUACACAGACGAGGGGAACUUUGAUUGGGUCUUCAACAACACCCCUGUUUUCUUCGUCAGGGACCCCAUCAAAUUCCCAUCCAUGAACAGAUCGCACAAGAGGCACCCUCGCACCAAUAUGCCCGACUCAGAUAUGUUCUGGGAUUUCCACGUCGGCAAUCCGGAGGGUAUCCACGAGCUCAUGCAUCUCUUUAGCGAUCGAGGAACCCCGGCCUCGCUCCGCCAUAUGAACGCUUACAGCGGGCAUACCUACAAAUUCACCAAGGAGGACGGCAGUUUCAAGUAUGUCAAGGUCCACAUCAAGACGCAAAUUGGAGUCAGGAAUCUUGAUCGUGAAACAGCCGUGAAGUUGGCCGGGGAGAACCCUGAUUUCCUCGUUGAGGACCUCUUCCAGGCUAUUGAAAAGGGCGACUACCCCGUCUGGGAUGUCUACGUGCAAGUGAUGGACCCCAGCGAGGCCGAGACCUACAAGUGGAACAUCUUCGACAUGACCAAAGUGUGGCCGCACAAGGACUACCCCCUGCGGCAGAUUGGCCGCUUGACCAUGAACCGCAAUCCGCGGAAUUACUUCACCGACAUCGAGCAGGCCGCCUUUUCGCCUGGAAACAUGGUACCGGGCAUUGCGCCCACCGCAGAUCCAAUGCUACAAGCUCGCAUGUUCGCCUACGCCGACGCGGCCCGGUAUCGCCUCGGAGUGAACUACCAACAGCUACCCACCAACCACGCCAAAGUGCCGAUCUACUCCCCCUUCCAGCGUGACGGGUUCAUGAACUUCACCGCCAACUACGGCGACGACCCCAACUACGUUGGCUCCACGCUGAAACCGACCACAUACAAGACCGCCGGCAACGGCCGCCGCGGCGGGCUGAGCACCCUCACGGAGCACGAGAAGUGGACGGGCGAAGUGUCGAGCUUCACCAGCGAGAUCGGGCCCGAGGACUACGAGCAGGCGGCGGACCUCUGGGAGGUUCUCGGGCGGGAGCCCGGCCACCAGGACCGCUUCGUGGGCAACGUGGCGGACCACCUGUCCAAGGGGAAAAGUUCGAAGCUGAGAGUCAUGGUCUACGAACUGUUCUCCCGCGUCAAUAAGGAUCUGGGGUCCCGUAUCCGCGCCGCCACGGAAGAGAUUGCAUUGUGAAGGUCUAGCUGGUUAGAUCAUCGAACCUGAUGCAGGAAGGCGGGGAGCAGGCCGGCGCAGGGGAUGGAUGGACUUUCGGUGUCUAUCGUUGUUUGAUUUCUUCAAGUAGAAAAAUACAAUCAUUGGUUACCACAAAAGCCUCUUGUCACUAUUAAUGUUUGCUUAACUCGGAUGGCG